AUAUCAGCCUCAAUAUGCUUUAUUAUAUGUUAUAGCAGAAUGAGCUGAUGCUUUCAUAGAUAGCGAAUUUAAUUAAGAAUACAUUUUGAUAAUGAACGGCACAAAGGGGAAACCACUCCUUGCAGUAACAGUUAACAUCCUGCAGGGUCCAACACUGACCAUGUUAUAACAAAAGCAGACGCUGUCAGUGAGGGACUGCAUGUCAAUGCGAAACAGAAGCAAAAUCCCAAAAAUAAAAUAAAGCACAGCGUUUCUUCAUAGGCUGCAAUUUCUUUCAAAAGUAUUGUGACUCUACCCGGAGCUCAAUAAAACAUCUCAAACAACAUUUAUUAUCCUCAGAGUGAGAUUUGGAAAUAUAUAAAGCCAACUGUAAUUGCGUUGAAUCCGGUAUUCUUAUUUUUCAAAAUAAAGGUCAAACGAAAACUAAAAUAUCUACAUGACAAAUGCUAAUAAUCUCAUCAAAUAUGUGUUGGUUGUUGGGGAAUUUCUGACUGAGUUGCAGCAGUGAAGUUUAUUUUAAAACAAUAACAGCGUACCCGAGAUCUCUCUCACACUCACAAUUACAACUCAGGGAGUAAGACCAAGGUAACGGUUGUUUGUCGCGACUUUUAAUUUUGCUAACCAAGCACCGGAAGUGUAGCGCGAUAUCGAGUUUUAAUUGACGACAGUACGAUUUCAAGCUGAGCGACUGGUUUCAGCGUAAAGUGAGAUGCGGAGGGAAGCACCUGCUCUUCCAGCAUCACCCGGGACUUGUCUUGUUCGAGUAUGAAGACCACAAAUAUACUCAAUUUAUUUCAAGACUCGGAUUGUAGAAUUUCCUCCCUCCUUAAAUGGUAGUAAAGACUCGCUGUGUGCUCGGAAUAUCCUGCGCCCUGAUGCUGUUGUGUGCAUCUUUGUGAACUUGGUGUAAAUAUGUGAGUGGGACUGAUGAGACUGUGACAUGGAUCAGUCGGCCACUCUCGACGUAGAGUCGCUGAAGAUUACCCAGGAGCAGUUUGUCCUCUCGUCCCAGUCCCUGCACCUCCAGCGCCCGGCCUCCGAUGCCAUUUACCCUGUGGGUUUGUACGGCUGGAGGAAGCGAUUCCUCUACUUCUUCCUGCUGCUGCUCCUGGUCACUAUGAUAGUUAACCUGGCCCUCACUGUGUGGAUCAUAAAAGUCAUGAAUUUCUCAGUGAAUGGCAUGGGGAACCUCCAUCUUGACCAGGAAGGCAUCCACCUGGAUGGGAUCUCAGAGUUUCUCCUCCCUCUCUACGUGAAGGAGAUACAGUCCAGAGGGGAUAAUCUGUUGGUGUUGCGUUCAGAGAAGAACGUGACCCUGAAUGCCAGAAAUGGCCAAGGCCAGGUCACCGGACAGCUAACAGUUGGACCUGAGGCUGUGGAGGCCCAGUGUCAGAAGCUGGAGGUGCGAAGUAAGGACGGACGAAAACUGCUGUUCACAGCAGAUGAGCAGAAAGUUGUCAUGACAACAGAGAAGUUUUCUGUCACAGGUUCUGAAGGUGCUGCAUUUGGACAUUCAGUGGAAACUCCUCUGAUUCAGGCAAAGACCUCUCAGGACCUGAGGCUGGAGUCUCCAACACGUACCCUGACCAUGGAGGCUCCCAGAGGAGUGGAUGUGAGUGCAGCUCAAGGGCAGCUGAAGGUCAGCAGUCGAAAGGACAUUCAGCUGGAGUCAACAGACGGAGAGAUCCUUUUAGACGCCAACACCAUUCAGCUGGGAAGCCUCCCACUUGGCAUCUACACCCCGUCUCCCAGUCAGGCCUCCCAGGAGCAGGCCGUGUACGAGGUGUGCGUCUGCCCUAGUGGCAAGAUCUACCUUUCGCCUGCAGAGGGCGUCUCCACCUGCCAGGCUAUGAGCAACAUCUGCCUCUGGAGCUGACCUGGUCAGGAGAAACCCUUCCACAUUUGCGGUGGAGCAGGGUGAGACUGAGACUCCUGACUCUCCAGGCUGUGUUCAUAUAUAAUUAGAGAGGAGUCAGAGUGUUCUACUGAAGCCCAGGACUCACCACCGGUGAUGUCAGAGGGAACUCUCCCAAGGACGUUUGUACUACGUUAUACUACAGUCAGAAGAUACAUUUUAUUUUUCUACUGGUGGCCCACCACGAACACGCACACGACUGUUUUAGAAUUCAGAAAGACAAGAAGACGAAACACAGGUGCCUUCCUCUGUGUAAGGACGUAAAGGCAGAAGGUGAUUCAAGCACAAUUCUCUCAUGGUUGUCUCCCUUUUUUUUUUUUGGAAAUCACCCUAACAUCAAACUUUUACUUUUAUCUACUGUUUUGUUAGAAGUAACGUGAUACACAGUGUUAACUGACAUGACAACGACAUGUGACAACACAGUAAUGUCCUGAGCUAGACUUCCCCUCCAUGGUAAAUACUGUGGGGUUUUUUAUGAUGUUGAUAACUGUGUUGAAAAAAAAAAUAAAGUGAGGAAAUAUGUUUUGUUCAUAACGCAGUUGCUAUGGAGAUGUACAGUAUAUGCCUGAAUUAUUAUUAUUUCUAUUUCUACAGUCUAAACCUUCAUUUCACUGCUGACCCUGCUGUUGGAACAAACAAUCUUUGAGUAGCUGCUCUUCAUCUUUUUCUUCUGGUUCCAUAAAAUUCCAAAACAUCUAGAUCUGCUCUAAAGUUACUUUUAAACUGAAACAUCUACACUUCCACAGGUGGGAACCUCCAUCCCACUUGUCCUUAUCCCUCUAUUAAGUUAAAUGAAACUUCACAAACCUCACAACUUCUCAAGGUCCUUACACCACCCUGGCUGUGAAGAACGUCUUCUAUUCUCUGAAGCCCUGGCCCUCAGCUGAGCCUGGCUGACCUUGCAACGGCAGAUGGGAGUGAAUGGGCAGUCAUGUGUAAGCAAGCCUGCUGGAGAUCAAGGUUACUCCUCAUGCUGACGUCCUUCAGAGGUCUCCGUCUGAGAGGAGCUUUUACUUGGUGCUGCCCUUUACCCCAAAAUAAUUAAAGCUGACCUGUCAAGAGUGAAAUAUGAAUUUUAUCAGAUUAAAAAUGUACACGUAGUUAAAGCACAUGGUCAGAUGAUGUUGGUAUAUGUGUUUCUGUUCCAGCCAUGUAUGUAAGAAUAUUGAUUUAUCUCAGUUAAUUGUGAUUCUUCUUCCUUUUUCACUGUUGGCUUCACGGAUCACCACAGCAGAUCUUAUUUUCCAUCUCAUCCUAACCCAUCUCUUGUGCAUUUUCACAAACCAUCUCCAUGUUCGAUUUCACAAGAUCCACAAAUCUUCUCUGAUGUCUUCCUCUCCUCUUGCCUGCAAGUGUCUUCAAAUAAAUGUGAUUAAUACACCGCUACCAGGUGAUUAAUCAUUUUGAAAAUGACAACUCUAAUACUAAUGUAUUAUAAUUCGAUGCUCCAUAUAAUAAAAGUACAGAACUCUUACUGGUUUUCCCUGCAACUGGUUAUGGCAGCAGCUAAGAGCCAAUGUUAUCAGGAAAUGUUGGGAACACUUUAAAGGAUGACCGAGCUCUUCACAUGAGAAAGACAGCCAACCAUUCCCAGUAACAUUCACACUUGCAGUCAAUGUAGGAUCUCUAAUAUUGCACACAGCAACAGUCCACAGAGUGAUUUCUAAGAGGUCCACCAAAGAGGAUUUGAACCAAGAACCUGAUCCAACUUCACCCUAGAAUCUAUAUAAAUCUCCAUUCCAUUAAACACUUCUGUUACACGGUACACCUCACCAUUCCUGUAGACCUUCACCUAAGUUGAUCUAUUGCUCUAGAUAGAAAACCUUUUAGUAGAGGCUUUUAGUUCAGAAUUACCUGGAAGACAAACUAUAGCCGAACCAUGGACUGACAGAACAUCUAACUAAAGUUCACACCUGACGACUCGUUCUACCCAGUCUAACAUGCAUGCAGGUGAAAGUUAAACCCAACAGUCAUUUGACUUCAGAAACCACUGUCAAGUGUCAAUCAAGGAAAGUAAGUGAACUUCUUGUCAUUGUGUCACAGCACGCCACUGCACACAACCAAAUCUGACCUCUGUUCAGAUUUGGUUGUGUGCAGGAAACCCAUCACCAAAGUGAACAGUGGUCAGCGUUAAGCGCCCGGGAGCAGUGUGUGGGGAUGGUGACCUGCUCAGAGCACUUGCCUUCCGGAACCAAGUCUGCUUCCUUACCACUAACCACUGCCCAAAAGUACGGGAAGACUCGUCACACCCAUGCAAAGUCGAAGAGAUUCAUCUGAAACAUAUACGAUUGUUGACCAAUCACAGCGUGAUCACAGAGUGAUCUGCAGAGGCACAGGUCAAGGGAGUAAACUAAUGACAAAGUCUCCACUGCUUCUUUGUUAGGUCAACUGAAUAAUUAGGAUUAUUCACUGCCUUUAUAUUUUUUACACCCACACUGUGCACAAUUCGGAUUUGAUUUUGCACAGCGCUACAAGGGAGGGACAAUUCAAUCACCCUCAACAGCAGAAACGGAAGGUUCAGGUAAUUUUGCAGAAUUUCUAGAAACUCUCAGUGAGAUAUUUCUUCUAUCAAGUUCCCUGAUUAUUACAUCAACCUUUAACACCCAGAUUAUGAAGUCAAAGCUCAUAGUCGAAUAGAUGUCUGACAGUGCAAGAGGUGAAGACACUAAUAUCACUUUAGCUCAGUGUGGCCGCAGCACUUCUAUGAAUAAAACAGGCAAAUACAACAGAGCCAGGAGCCUGCGGACUCUGCUGUGGCUCCGUGGGUCUUCCUUUGACAUCACAGAUGUGGAGUCACCCAUCACACAGAAGAGCCGCGAGGCAAACCGAGCAGACCUGGGUCAAUAAAGCGCUCUCACCGUGUGAAUUCAUACCAGACAAACAAACCAGGCCAGACGCUGCCACCAGGAUUUCAGUUCUCAGGGAAUUGCAGUGAUCUAUCAGCUUCUCCCUUUCACCACAGUCCGUCCACAUUCUCAGAAUUUCAGACGUGAUAUAUUGGAAAUCAAAAGAAGUUGAUCCAUGUCCUGCCACUCAAUCAUUUCAGCUCCAACUUAGUCCAUUUGUUACAGCCUGGGAGUUCAGAAAUGGUAUGGGGCACAAACAAAAAUCCAAUAAAGUCUGGUUUUCUGAAAUGUAAAAAAGAAAAAGAUAAGAAAAAAAUAUUCAGAAUAUAACAAAUGAAAAUGUGAGGCUUCUUUGACAAAAUCUCAUAUCGUUUUUUUUUUCUUCUUCUUUCUGCCAGCCUCAAGAAAAGCAAAACAAGUUAAGAGAGAGAAAGGCUGAAAAAUUACUCAAGCUUCUUCUCUACAGAUUCUAUCACCCAUUUCAUCAUCCCCCCUCUUCAGCACACACGCGCCUUGCCUUAGCAUCAUCAUCAGCACUUCAACUGCUGCCGGCUGAACCAUGAUAAAGACUUUUUCCUUUGCCACAGGCAAUGUGCACCAAUCAGAGCCGGACAGAGCGAGUGUUUUUAAGACGCAGGGUUAAGGAACAGUUAUUACUGCAGCCUUCUACUCCUUCUACCGCUGCUGCACAGUCACGGCUGGGUGCACAUCACAAGUUUUCCCAGGCUUUAAUUAAGCCCAAAGUUGCCAUCAAACAGUGAGAUGAGCGUUGCAAGGACUACUGUAGUCUUUUGCAUUUUAAUCUAAUUUUUCAUAAAAAAAAAAGAAAAAAAAAACAAGCAGAAGGGCACUACAGCAGCAGAUGUGUCAAGUGCAGCUGAUGAAGAGUUAUGAAAACAUGAGGCCUGCCGAUGAGGCUUCGGCGCUACUCCUUCUGCCGACUCAGCAUCGUAGUUUCAAACGGCAUCUGUGGUUUCCUCUGUAGUUUGCUCAGGAAAGGGGAAGACAGCACCUUAAUGCAGGUCUGGGAUGAAAUAAUUAAUAAAAAUAAACAAACAAACAAAAACCCUUUUGCUGCACAUUUUGAGUUUUCAGUCCUGUGAGCCUUUUUAGCCAACAACAUCACGCUCCAAACUAAUAAUAUGCAGCAUGACAGGUGAAAGGUGCAGCGGGCUCGAGGAAAUUCAAUCAUCGCUCCACAUAAGGGAUAGCGCUUGUUUUUGCUGUGAGCUAAAGAUCUAAAGUGUUGCAUUUUUGAUGGAGUUGAAACAUUUAUUUAUUUCCAGCAGGUAAAGAAGACAGCGGUGAUCCUCUGAGACUGUGACGGCUUUGGAUUAUUGCCUUAUAUACUUACCACUCUAAAAGGCUGAUAACAUAUGCUACUAAUCCUUGGAAACUUAUCUUAUAUUCUCAGACCUUGCAAAUCACCCACACAGUGUUCACUUUUAGCUCCUUGCUCCAAAGAGGAAAAUAAAUAAAUAAAUAAAAUAUCAAAAUCAAAAUGAUACAAAAUAAUGUGGAGGAAUCCUUCUGACUUGUGUCACUCUGACAUUAACGACCAAGGUUAUAUAGAUGGAUCAAUAGAUAGACAGAACUUUUAAUCCCUAGGGAGUUUUCUUCAGGAAAUAAAGUUAAGCAGAAACUUUCAAAUGAAAAUAAAAUAAUUUCUACAGAUUUAAGAAAUGAUGAGCAGUGGAAUCUGCAGCUGCUGAGAAUAGUCUGAAAAUAAAGUGAGGCUGGGUAGAGCAGCUUAUGAUGGAAUCCUCAACUUUGUUGAAAUGGUAAAAUCCAAAGGCAACUUUAAGACUUUCAAAUAUGUUGCUUACACCUUGAGGACACACACACACAUACUGUAUUUAUACACACAUACUGUCAUUCUUAAAUGGCAAGGAGCACGGCAAAAAGCCACCUUCGUAAACCACCUAAAACUCUAUGGAUUUUUAUUUCUGUUCAGAUGCUCAUCAUGCCGCUCAGAUCUCCAGCUCCGCCGUGGUUAUAUUUACACACUUACAUAAGUCAUGCUUUGUCAUAAUCCGACUGAUUUCUGACAUUUCUUUAUUACCGCCACGAAAUACUGCAACGCAUGCUUUGCAUGUAGUGCCAUCUAGCGGUCAAAAGACGCUGAACCAGUCACGUGCGACUCCAGCGUAUCAAACAAAGGUUUAUGUUUAAUCUGAUUCAAACGGUAUUGGAUAAUCCCACUGAAGAGGUAAUACAGUAAAAUACUGCAUAAUUAAAUGAAAAUCUAUAAAAAUAAUUUAAGCUUGACUUGUGAACUUGUGUUCAAACAGACCACAGUACAUCUAAAUGUGAAUCAACAUUUAAUUGUGGACAAAAACACCAGUGCUGUAGUGAACAACGCAACAAAUACUUUAGGCUUUUUUGUUGACAACACUCAUCCAUAGUCACGUAAAUGUUAUUAUGCAAUUAGACGUGUAUGUUGGAUUAAAUAUACUGUCAUUACUUUUUGUAGUAAAAGAAAGAAAAGAAAGAAAGAAGAAAGAAGAAACUAAAU